AUGUUCGCCGGCACCUGCCUCGGCACCAUUUGCCUAGUGGUGUGUCUGGAGUUCCUGCGUCGCGUCGCGCGAGAGUACGAUGCUUUCCUCAUCCGGCGGGCCCGUCUGCGGUAUCAGUUUCUGGCGAAUCUUGAUCUCCCCUCCGAGGGCGAGAUGCACACAGCGCCGCCGUCGGCUUCGGCUUCGACUUCGACUUCUCGGUGUAAGGAUGCUGCUGCUGCCACAGUAGGAACAGCAGCAGCUACUCCAGCGGGCGCAGCACCACCACCCUACCGCCCAACCCUACCCGAGCAACUCGUCCGAGCAACCCUGCACAUGCUGCAGUUCGCCGUGGCGUACUUCGUGAUGUUGCUGGCGAUGUACUUCAACGGGUAUAUCAUCAUCUGUAUCAUCGUGGGGGCGUUUUUGGGGGCGUUGGUGUUUUCGUGGGAGGUGAUGGGGUCUGGGGAUGGGGUGGGGAACGAUGCUACGGCCGUGACGAAGUGCUGUGGUUAG